AUGUCACCACCGCAAUCCGCCAGGCUCCCAGCCCGGCGAUCUCACCGGAAAUCUAGGAACGGUUGCAGCGGGUGUAAGAAGCGCCACAUCAAGUGCGAUGAGACCCGUCCAGAGUGCCGAAACUGUGUCAUGUCAGAGCGAGCUUGCUCUUAUCUGAAGUCUGACCUCGAUCAUAACGACUCAUCAUCCAGUGUAGCCAAUGGCGUCUCUGCCCACAACAAUAUCGAAACCAGACGCUCACUAGUGGUUCCGAAGGAUCCAGCAGACGAUCUGUCAUGUAUUGGAACCACUUUUACCGUAACUCACAUGGUCCUACUUCACUAUGCUGAGUCCAACAUGUCAGAGUAUAUGGCUCUUUUAGGGGAUGUGCGGCCAAUCAUGGACGUCGCAAUGGAGCACGCUCUGACGGCGCCAUACCUCCUGGAUCAGAUUCUUGCGCUGUCUGCGCUUCAUAUAUCGACACAAAAUGGAGCAAAUGCAUCUCUAUACCGCCACCAAGCCACUGAGCUACAGACUCGCGCACUUGGGAUGUUCAAUCAAGCUAAACAACAUCUGUCAGAUAGCACAUAUAUGCCAACAUUCAUCUUCGCAUCGUUUCUAGGCAUACAUGUGCUGCACGAUACGCUUCAGCAACAUCACGGCACGCUAGCCGGGUUUAUCGAAAACUUUGUCACUUACUCGCGACUUCAUCGCGGCGUGCGAGCUGUCACCCAGAAGUAUUGGCCCCAAAUUCUUCAGUCUGACUUGAAACCUCUGUUAUACGUGGCAUCUCUGGCCCGGAAGACUGACACGCAAGCGCCUGGAACGGAGACGAACGAACUAAGGGAGUUUUUCAAGUCGCCUACAACAUACUCAGCAUACACCGAAACUUGUAUUGAAGCACUCAAAGGGGUUCAGUGGGCCCUCGACGUUGCUAAGCAAGAUCCUUCCAGAGAGGAGCUCGGUAUCCACGCAGUCAUGGCCUUGCCGCUUUAUGUAACGAAUGAGUAUAUCGAAGCCCUGUAUCAGCAACAGCCGGAGGCUGUGGUUGUGUUCGCUUUCUACGCGGCCAUGCUGCAUCGAUAUCGGCAUUAUUGGGCUUUUGGCUGUUGUGGGUCUUCUCUGGUUCAUUCAAUAUCGCGUAGUGUAGGCCCAUUCUGGCAGGAUAUGCUAGCCUGGCCUUUGCAAGUCCUGAAUGAAAGUUGA